AUGCUUUGGACAAAGGUCUUCUCUCUGUUAGCCAUUCAAACUCUAGUAUUUGCGUCGUACUAUCAAGUUGGCAACCUCACCGGCCCUUCAACAAUCAAAGCCGGGAAGAAGUUCACCGCUACUCUAAUCAUUUACGAGGUCUCCUUCUUUGACGUGGAUCUUAGCGUAGCAUGGGGUCUGGUAGAUCCGUCCGCUGAAGAUGUCUACAACUUCGGGAUCUUACUAGGUGUUGAUACUCUCAUUCAUAAACUUUCGGCUGGAGUUCAUCAAGUAAACUACACUUUGACAACCCCAACAGAGCUCUUAGGUCCUUACACAUUGGCCGCUUACGUUACACGUGAAGCUGGAGUGAGUAAACUUCCCUUUUAUACCCCAUUACAACUGCCUUCUACUCCUCAUGAGCAUUCAUCUGAGCUUAGACUCACUAUGACCGGUUGGAACAAAGAACGAAGUGCGAAGAUAGAAAUUGAUGACAGCUGGACCACGACGAAAGCAAUGGGCGUGUAUGACAUUUGGCCUAGCACCUCUCUGUUAAAUCUUAUGCCUCGGGCAGCUAAAAAGGGACACGAGAUUAUGACCCCAAUCAGGGCCGACCACCACCACCACACCUUUGACUUGUUGGAGAGAGAUUAUCCCGAGAGUCACCAAGAUGGGCCCAAACAACUCAUCACUUCAGUGUUGGCAGUCCUCACUAGUGUGUUUGCAACCUACCGUGUGGGCAACCUUACGGCUCCGAGUACUAUCCGCCAAGGCCAACAAUUCACUGCUACCCUCUACACUGAGGUUAUCUCCGGUUACUGGGUAGAUCUAAGCGUUGUAUGGGGUCUCGUAGCUCCGGACAACCAGGAUGACUUCUCCAUCGGGACAUUGAUCGGUGUCAAUGUGUUAUAUCCAACCUUUCCCCAUGGGCCGGGCCAGAAGACGUUUCAAUUAUCCGUUCCCCAAGGUAUUCAUGGUCCUUACACUCUAAGAGCACUUCUUCCUUAUGACAGCGCAGAAAACCACGAAUUUAGUCUCAACCAGCUCAAUUGGGAUUUGACCAUUUUGUAG